AUGGAAAUUUACAACAUACUAGGUGAACAUGAGGCAAAGAUGCAACAACUUGAAGCAGAGGGCAAGUUACCAAAAGCGACACCAAAGAAGAAGAGAAGAGUAGAACAAAGUGAAAGUAGUGAAGAAGUAACUUCAUCUAGUGAAAGUAGUGGCAAUGAAGGAAAAAGAAGAGUUAAAAAUCAGCAGGAAGAAAGUAAAGCUUGUCGGUGGGUUCUAUUAUGA